AUGGAGACGUAUCACGGUCAUGUCCGCACUCCUGCGGACGCUAUCAUCCUCUUUGAGGCUUGUCGCAUCGGCCUCCUCCCCCGUGUCCAGCGACGACUGUCCGAAAAGGAACGCCAGAUGAUCCGUUCCGGCUCGGUCUUUGUAUGGGAUGAACGAGAAGCGGGGAUGCGCCGUUGGACGGACGGAAAAUCCUGGAGCGCAAGUCGAGUGUCGGGCAGUUUCCUCACUUACCGCGAGAUGGAGGGCAAGCGUGGAGGCACCAGCGUCUCGUCGUCAACAACCAUCCCGAGAGCUGGCAAGACUCCCGAAAGCACGCGAGGCAGCGAUGACGACCGGGCGGACGGGCCUGACGAGGGCCCCGAUGGGUAUCGGUACAAGCCCGACGGACUCAUGAAGCAAUCCUUUAGUAUCACAACAUCGACGGGACAACAUCUGCACCUGAUCAGCUACUACUCCAGAUCGCAUCCUGCCGCAGCCAACCUCCAACAACCGUCGUCGGAUCCGAACUUGCGCCACGUUCGUCCGCAAAAGGGCCUGUACCCCGAAUCGACGGUGAAUGAUCAGCAGAAUCUCCCGGUCGUGACUCGCGGGCCCAUGCAGGGAGCCGCCUAUCCGGUACCGCCCCAUCCCAUGGGAGCGUAUGUGCGCCCAGGAGCCACCCACCCUCAGUCCUAUACUCCCACAUACGCAUGGCCUCCUACGCCGUUGGCUACUCCGCCCUCCGCGCCAAUGCACUAUCCGUCGUAUCUCCCUCCAGUUCCCGCCACCAAUGGCCAGGUCGCCGCCGCCUAUGGUCAUCACCCUCAACAAGCGCACCCGGGUCUGCCGCCGCCGCCGCCACAGCAACAACAUGGGUUGCCGACACCUUACGAGCGAGCAGUACACCCGGCGGAAGCGAUGCCUCCGUCCGUCCCCCACACAGGAGUGCAGCAUGCCCCCAUCCCUGUGAUCGCUGGCCGGUCACCGCGACUGGUUACGGAGGCGCAUGAGCUUCACCCGCGCAGCCCUCCGGAGUAUGGGCCGAGCCCUGCUGAUCUCCGACGGGCGUCGCCGCGCACCCAUGCCCAUUCCAUCCCGCACACCAAUGGCUUAGCUGCUAUAGCUCGGAGUCCGCACCUGGUGGGCCAGGCUCCUCCCCCUCCUCCCCCGAGCGCAGCGGCCAAGCUCCAUGAGCCGAGUCAUUCCGGUACGACGGUACCCAGCAUUGGAUCCUUGAUGAACGGUGGCCCGCCGCGUGGUUCUCUGCCAUCCAUCGCGCCGCCUCCCGCUGCGAACGGGCGCGCCGAAGGGCCACGAGACAUUCCCAGCGACAAGAUCGGGUUUGGCGGAGAAGAUAUGCGUGCUCUCCGACAACUCGACCGAGUGUUCACUGCAUAA